UGUUGCAUUUCCUGCUGUUUAUGUAAUUGUACGGAUUGUGCCCUGUGCUAACUGUGACUUAGAAUAACUAUUGUUUUUAGUGUGUGCUCUAAAAUUAUUAACGAAUAAUCAUUUAAGUUUUUCGACAUUGAAGUUAUUUGCCAUAGAUUUAACAUCAUGUCCUCAAUUACACCUUAACCAUCAACGUCUAAACAUGCUGAUGAAUUGGAAAGCUCACCGUCUUCUUCCGAAGGAUCUGGACACAAGAAAAAAGGAAAGAAUCAUAAAGUCCUAUACUAGAAAUGUACCUGAAUUUAAAGGUUGGCUGAGGAGCAGCAAGAAAGGGUCCAAUUAUGCAUUCUGCAAGGCAUGCAAUAAAGAUUUUAUGUGACAAAUCCGAAAUCCAGAAACAUUCUUCAGGAAAACAACACACCAAAUUGGUAAAAUCAUUACACACACACAAAACUUUGACUGAUAUGACAUCUUAUAUGGAAAAAAUAUCUUUAAAUAACAAAUUCAAAACUGUUGAAAUUCGAAUUGCAACAUAUGCAGCUGAACAUAACAUUUCAUUUAAUACUUUAAACCAUUUAUCAGAAAUUAUUAGAAUAUCAUUUGACGAUUCAGAAAUUGCUAAAAAUUUCACAUGCUCUCGCACCAAAGCUACAGCUAUUGUCAAUAAUGUUUUAGGGCAGUACAGUUUUAAAAAUUCUAUUAAUUUAUUACAAACAAAUAAAUUUUCAUUAAUUGCUGAUUCAUUCAUACAAUUAAACAUUUGGAUUUAGUGGCACCUAUUUUUUAUGAACAUAAAAUUAGACUUGUUCUUUGGUAUAUUGCCUGUAGCAGAUGCAACGGCAGAAGGACAUUACAACACUAUUGUAAAUUAUUUUUUUAAAUGUAAUAUUAAUUAUAAAGAAAAUCUAAUAGGCACCAAACUAAAAGCCGAUAUUCCUAAUUUAUUCAUUAUGAAAUGUGUCUGCCAUUCAUUUAGUUUAUCUGUUAAUUAUGUUUGUGCUAAAUUACCAGAUGAUAUCAAACAAAUGGAUAGAUAUGUUCAUACUUAUUUACAAUACAGUUUUAAAAGACAAACUGAAUUUGCAGAAUUUCAGGAGUUUGUAGCAGUAAAACCUCAUAAAAUUUUACAACCCUCUUAAACAAAGUGGUUGUGUGUAUUGCCUGUUGUAAAAGGAAUACUUGAGCAAUAUGAUGCUUUAAAAUUAUAUUUUACAGAUCAGUGCUACAAUAAAAAUGACAUUCAAGCACAAAAUAUCUUAAAUUUUCUUAUCUACCAUAUUGUAUUUAGAUUUUUUAAACUUUGUGCUGCCGUUCUUUAAGGAAUUAAAUUUAGAAAUGCAAUUCGAAAAUAUUAAAAUACACAUUUUAUAUAAACGAGUUGAACAUG